AUGGCGGCGAGCCGUGAGAGAAGCGCGCCGCCGGACCCCGCGGCCGAGGCGGCGGAUUCGGAGUCGCUUCGAACAGCCGAGGAGAUUGUUGGGAGCCGUGCGCCGCCCGCCAUCGGCGCAGCCGUCGACGCGCACCUGCUGAGAAGCUUUGACGGUCUCGCGCGCGACCUCGAUCACGCGAUUCGCACGGCCGCAACGCCGUCGCAACAGCACGACGCAAUCGCCACGUGUCUUCUCAUCGCGAACGCGCUGUGCGACUGGCCGGAGAGCGACGAGCCGCGGCCGCGGGAGGCGUUCGGCUUCCGCGUGCUGCGCAGCAUGCCGUGCGCCGCCGAGUCGCUGCUGCUGCGAGGCAAGCCAUGGGUUGCGCGGGUGUGUUGUGAUGCGGGGGAGGUGCGCGGUGAGGGCCGAGACACGUUCUUUCUGAUGGAGCACAGCAGCAGCAGCAGGCGGCGGGCAGCAGCGACCCCGUGGAGGGGCUUCUGCGGCCCGCAGGGCAGCUCGCACGUCCCCGCCACCGCCACCACGCCCGCUGCUCUCUCCCCGCUGCUGCCCGCGGGCCUGCGCGCGCCUUUCCUUACGCAGCUGGAGGUGGCGUCCUCACAGGUCGACCGCACUGCCAAGAGGCAGCGGUCGCAAGGCGGCAUGCUGGCACGGCAGCACAGCCAGGAGGACGUGGAGCAGCUGCACAAUCUCAGGGCGCGGCGGUUCUUCCUGCUGCUCAACCACCCACUGUCUCACCGACCUCCACCUCCACCUCCCCUGCCACGAUCACUCUCACAGUCACAGUCCCAAUCAUCAGCGCUCCCCCUCGUGUCACCCUCAGGCUCGCAACCACAGGCAGUGACAGCAGCAGGCUUACAACAACAACCAAUGGCGUUGUCGGCCUCAGGGUCACAGCCGUGCUCCCCAUCGUUCUCCUCCUCUGCAGUGCCCAUGGCACAGAGUGCAGCGCCCACCCACCGCUUCUGCCACCCGCUCUCCCUUGUACUCAUCUCCUCCACCGCCUCCCACACCCCACCUCCCACCUCUACCACCUCCGCCUUCCCCUCUCUCGCCCCUGCCGCUGCCCCUGCCGCCCUGCCUGCACCCACCGCUGCGUCUCCCACUCCCACAGUCAACGCGUGGGAGCUGUACUCUCACGUUAAGGCGUACCUGGCCAGGCGAGCUGGGGGGAAUGGCAGUGGGGACGGUAGUGCCGAGGGCAGUGCGGAGGGCAGUGGGGACGGCAGUGGGGAGGGCAGUGGGGAGGAGGAGGCGCAGGCCCUGUGGCGUGUGGUGCGGGCAUGCGGGGUGGAGUCAGUAGGAGAAUUGAGUGGAGUGGUGGAUGAGAGGGGGUGGACAGCCAUGCACGUGGCUGCCCGCAAUGGUGACUCCCCCGUGCUGCAGGCGCUGUUGCGCAUGGGCAUGCCAGCAGGAGUGUGCAGCACACGCAACGCCACCACGCCACUGCACCUGGCGGCAUAUGGCGGCCACGUGGAUUGCAUGUGCCUGCUGGCUGUGACAUCCGCGCACAUCCGCGCGGAUGGCUGUGGUGCUGACAUCCGCGCGGAUGGCUGUGGUGCUGACAUCCGCGCUCGCACGGCUGGUGGCUGGACCCCUUUGCACAACGCAGCGAGCCAGCAGCAGUGGGGCGCAGUUCGGUGGCUGGCGCAGCAGGGGAUAGAACCAGCAGAGGUGGAAGCAGCGGGAGGCAACCCCAAUGCAAACAGGCUGCCAGCUCACCUCAUGGCCCAGGCGGUGCAGAUAGUGCGGGAGGAGUAUGCUAGGCGACUAGGCCACGCAGGAGAAGGGGGGCAUGGGUUUGGGGAGGAGGCUGGCGUGGAUGGCGGAGCGCGGCAGUCAGCGGAAGGGGAUGGCGAUGGGGGGAAGCGACCGAGGAAGAGGCGGUGGGAUGGCGGGAAGGGUGGCGAUGCGCGCGCUGUGACAGCCGCGGACGAUCCCCUUGCGCCGGUGAGUGGCGCGCCGAUGGCUGCUCGCGAAGGCGGAGGUUUGGCCGCUGGAGGUGCGGACGGCAGCAGAGACGGCGCGGACGACAGCGGUGACGGCGCGGACGGCAGCAGUGACGGCGCGGACGGCAGCAGUGACGACGCGGAUGUAGAGCGUAUUGAGAGCGGCAGCAGUAGCGGUUGCAUUGCAGUCGAGCGCUGGCGGUUGCAUUGCAGGAAGAAAUCGGAGAAGGUUGAGAGGCGAACGAAGCGACGAGCGCAAGUGCGAGAGAAUGUGGCAGCACGGCGGGGCGUGGGGAUGGGGGUUGCAGCAGCGCCUCCAGGCGCAGGAGGGGCAGUCAACAGUGGUAUCAUUAGCAGCGGUGGCAGUGGCGGUGGUGGUGUGAGUGUGGAGGAACUGGGUGCUGUGUUCGGCCUGCGUGCUGGCGCUCUUGUGGCGCGCGCUGCUCUCCCCCACAUCCUUGCUGGUGAGGCGCUGCUCUCCCCCACAUCCUUGCUGGUGCUUCCAUGGAAACCUCGAUGGAAACCUUGA